UAUAAUCCGAUGCGCCCUAUAUAUGAAAAAAGUUCUAAAAUAGGCCAUUCAUUGAAGGUGCGCCUUAUAAUCCGGUGCGCCUUAUAGUGCGGAAAAUACGGUAAUCUAACACAUUAUAAUUUGGGAACCUGCUGGUUUCAUGUAAUGAUGUUUGAGUUUCAGUAGGUUUAACUUUAAAGACAAAAGUCUCCAUCUAGUGGCUUGCUGUAGAAGUUGCAGUUCACUCUGGAUCACUAAUGUUUACUUUUAAUUUAAUAUAUCAAGAUGGAAGAAUUAUCUGACAAGGCCAUCUAUAGAGGUUUGGUGUAGCAGCAGAAAGGGGUUUUGGCAUAAAAUGUCACUGCUCUGUUAUUUUUCUUAUACUGUGUUUUUAAAAAAUUUGUCAAGUUUGCACAGAAAUACUUUAGCUAAUGUGAGCAACACCACCAGACAUUCAAAGUCCUGUUUGUGUGUCUGUGACAUAAUAAUUAUGUAACUCAUGUAAUUCCUAAAUGUGUGAUUUAAAUUAAAUAAAACUUAAAUACAGAUAAUGCACUGCCUAUAUUUAGAGUAAAUCACUUGCAAGAGAUAAAUAGACCUAAACAUAAAAUAAAGCACUGGAGAUUAGAGACAAUAAUAAAGAAUGCAUACACUCUUCAUGUUCUAAUGUUUGUAAAUCUUCACUAAAACCUAAAUUUAUAAACAACGUUAUAAACUUUUAGACUUUUAAAACUUUAAUUCAGUAACUUAACCUCACGUUGCUCUUUUCCACCUUCUGAUAUGAGUAUUAUUUCCAGAAGGUGGCACCAUACCCAUUCUUCAAAUGUUUAUACUGAGUUCAUAGACAAAUGUUUUAACAAGGUGUGGGUACAUUUGUGUCUAUUCCCCUAUUCCUUUCCCCUCCAAUUAAAAUCCAAGGCAUCUAAUUGCCUUUAAAGUCACCUAAUAGCUAAAUAUGGUUUACUUGCCUGUAAUGACCCCAAACAUACAUGGUUUAGAUUAAAUUAUACUCAUGAGUUAGAAUGGCCCAGUCAAAGUCCAGACAUGAACUUGAGUUAUUUUACAAAAAAGAAAGGAUAAAUUUCAGGCUCCAGAUGUGCAAUACUGGUAAGCACAUGCCCAAAAAGACUUGCAGCUGUUAAAGUUGUUACAGAGAACUGACUCGGGGUGCUGAAUACAAAUGCUCACCACACUUUCAGAAUGUAAAAUCUUUUGAAAUGUUCCUUCCAUCUCAAAAUGUUGUGCUACUUUCUGUUAGUCUAUCACAUUAAAUAAACUGAGGUAUGUGGUUGUAACAUGACAAAACGUGAAAAAGUUCAAAAGAUAUAAACAUUUAUAUAACAAUUUAAUAUGCCAGUAUAACAUCAUGAAGAGCAUUUAGUUUAGCUUUUAAAAUGACAAGCUCUUCUUUUAGGUCACAAUGAAUCUAAACUGAAUAUCUGUCCAGCAAUUAGACAUUUCAAUUUUCCAGCAAGUUAAAAACAGACUACACUGCACAUUCCUCAUUUAUAAGAAUGAAACAUUUACAAAUGGCAUCUUGGCUUAGUCAUGAAUAAGAGUUGGAACAUUAAACCCGGACAAGAUUGCUCUAGUUAGCUGAAGGAUAAAGGGCGAAAUCUCAAUGUGCAUCCUAAACCUAAAACUAUUGCGAUUUUUUGUCCAUAGUAGAGUUCUAGAACCCUGGCAAGUAUGACAGGACUAUGUGAUGACACUAAAGGAAAAAUUCUAUGAUGUCACUAGUGAGGCUGUCUAUGUGAGGUCAUCAGCUCUAUCUAUGUAACAUAGUUCUGUCUUUUUCUCAUUACUUGCUCUUUCGCUGACCAGAUCAGACGUACGCAAAGCUCUUUUCAAGUCAACCGUUAAUUCGUAGAUCAACACCGAUUUUAACAACCAUAUUUGUGGAAAAAUGGCUCAUCAAAUGCCGAGAUACCACAAUGGAAAUAUGGGACCCCAGGCAAGAUGGGGAAAUCAACAUAAUCAGCACGCCCGGUUUCAUCCUCCACCUGUACAUUUCUUACAAGGAGAAAUCCAAAGACUGAGCGGUCUUUUGGAAAUGGAGAGAGCGAGAUGGUUUGAAGAGAACCAAAAGGUAGCCUGCCUGGAAGCAGAGCUGGAAGAGACAAAAUUCCAGUGGAGAAGGCAAAAACAUCUCAAAGAAAUGUAUAUCAAUAAGGGCAAAGAGACAAAGAGGGAACUUGAGAGAAUAGAGAAAUUUAGUGAUCCAGCAACUCUUAACCCUGCGGUCAUCGCUUCCAAGGUUCACAACAACAUGAAAUACAAGAAGAAAAAGUUGUUGCAAAAAGACUUUGUAGAAUUAAAGGUGGCCCACACCCUUGACCAGGAAGCAUUUACGUCACAAAUCCAGGCAGAAAAAGAGAAAAAUAAUGCCUUUCAAGAAGAACUGGACAAACUCAAGACUUCCUACGAGGAGCUUCGCUCUAAAUGUGAAGCUGACGUUUCUGCAGGGAGGCAUCUGGCCCAGAUGCAGACGUUUUGUGAAGAGAGGAUUGGUGAGGAUCCACAGCUCCUUGAGAACCUGAGAGCUGAGAAGGACGAUUUCUAUCAAAAAAUGUCACAAGAGAUCGCAUUUCUGCAAGAGAGGGAAAAGGGUUUGCAGAGAGAACUGGACCAGAUCAAAGUUUCACACCAGGAACUCAACUGUAAGUAUGAAAAAGAUGUUUCUGCACUGAAACAGAAAGCUGAAACAUAUCAGCAAGAGAUCAGUUGUGAGAAAAAUGUUAAUUUGGAAAGAGCAAACAAGGAUCUACAGCUUAUCAACAACCUAAGAGCUGAAAAGGAAAACCUCUACCAAAAAAUGUCACAAGAGAUCACAUUUCUGCAAGAGAGGGAGAAACAGUCAAAAAGUGAACUGGUCCAGGUGAAAGUUUUAUACCAGGAGCUCAACUGCAAGUAUGAAAAAGAUGUUUCUGCAUUAGAACAGCAAGCAGAAACAUAUCAACAGGAGAUAAUUCACCAGACAAAUGCUAAAUCAGAGCAGGACCUUAAGCUCAUCAAUGAACUGAGAGCUGAGAAGGAAGAUCUCCAUCAAAAAAUGUUACAAGAGAUCACAUUCCAGCAACAGAAAUCAACUGAGACGGUGAAACAUCUCCAAUGUCAACUGGAGCAGGUUAAGGUUUCGUACCAGGAGCUGAAAGCUACAUAUGAAAUUGAUGUUCUGGCUCUAAGACAGCAAGCAGAAACAUUUGAGCAGGAGCUAGAGAAAGAGAAGCUACACCUGGCCUGGCUCUGUGUCUACCUGUGACAGCUUUCUGGAGAGGGGAAUC